AUGCCCGGGCUGCGCCGGGACCGCCUGCUGACCCUGCUGCUGCUGGGCGCGCUGCUCUCCGCCGACCUCUACUUCCACCUCUGGCCCCAGGUGCGGCGCCAGCUGCGGCCCCGGGAGCACCCGCCCGGCUGCCCGUGCGCCCGCCGCGCCGCGACCCCCGCCCCGGCCCCGGCCCCGGCCCCGGCGCCCGCCUCCCCGGCCCCCCGCGCGGCCGCGCGCAACUUCUCCCGAGCGGGGCCCGGGACCGAGCGGCGGGGCGGCCGCGGCUCCAAGCUGCAGGCCCUCUUCGCCCACCCGCUGUACCGCGACCCGCAGGAGCCGCCGCUGCUCGGGCCGGAGGACCCGCUCCUGGCCAGCCAGGAGGCGCUGCGGUACUACCGGAGGAAGGUGGCCCGCUGGAACAGACGACACAAGAUGUACAAAGAGCAGCUCAACCUCACCUCCCUGGACGCUCCCCUGCAGCUCCGACAGGAGGCCAGCUGGGUCCAGUUCCACCUGGGGAUCAGCCGCCGUGGGCUGUACUCCCGAUCCAGUCCUGUCGUCAGCCAACUCCUCCAGGACAUGAGGCGCUUUCCUACCAUCAGUGCUGAUUACAGUCAGGACGAGAAGGCUUUGCUCGGGGCAUGUGACUGUACCCAGAUCGUGAAACCCAGUGGGGUCCACCUUAAGCUGGUUCUGAGGUUCUCAGACUUCGGGAAGGCCAUGUUCAAACCCAUGAGACAGCAGCGAGAUGAAGAGACCCCUGAGGACUUCUUCUACUUCAUUGACUUUCAGAGACACAACGCCGAGAUCGCAGCUUUCCACCUGGACAGGAUUCUGGACUUCCGCCGGGUGCCACCCACAGUGGGGAGGCUAGUCAAUGUCACCAAGGAAAUCCUGGAAGUCACCAAGAAUGAAAUCCUGCAGAGCGUUUUCUUCGUCUCUCCAGCCAGCAACGUGUGCUUCUUUGCCAAGUGCCCAUAUAUGUGCAAGACUGAAUAUGCCGUCUGUGGCAACCCGCACCUGCUGGAGGGCUCCCUGUCCGCCUUCCUGCCGUCCCUCAACCUGGCCCCCAGGCUGUCUGUGCCCAACCCCUGGAUCCGCUCCUACUCGCUGGCAGGAAAAGAAGAGUGGGAGGUCAAUCCGCUUUACUGCGACACCGUCAAACAGAUCUACCCGUACAACAGCAGCAACCGCCUCCUCAACAUCAUUGACAUGGCCAUCUUCGACUUCCUGAUAGGAAAUAUGGACCGGCACCAUUAUGAGAUGUUCACCAAAUUCGGGGAUGAUGGGUUCCUCAUCCACCUUGACAACGCCAGAGGGUUUGGACGACACUCCCAGGACGAACUCUCCAUCCUGUCCCCGCUGUCCCAGUGCUGCAGGAUAAAGAAGAAAACGCUUUUGCACCUGCAGCUGCUGGCCCAGGCCGACUACAGACUCAGUGACGUGAUGCGGGAAUCUUUGCUAGAAGACCAGCUCAGCCCAGUCCUCACAGAGCCCCACCUCCUGGCCCUGGACCGGAGACUCCAAAUCAUCCUACAGACAGUGGAGGGGUGUGUGGAGGUCCAUGGAGAACAGAGUGUCAUAGCCCUUGACUCAGCAGAACAGUCAGCCCUGGACUCUAGCCAGGCUAACUUGACAAGCUAAGGGCUGGAUGAAGCCAGAUUUCGGGAACUGUACCUGGAGCCAGCAGUGGACUCUUGGGGGUGGACCACUGCUUCCUUGCGUCCCUGUCCAUGCUGGCGGUGCUGGGUCAUGAGCUCUGGAAGAGGCAGGGCACUGGGAUGAUUCCACAAGAAAAAAAGAAGAGGGACCCACUCAACUUUCUUCCUUGGUGUGUGGCUUCUCUAGUGGAACUCCCUCUUUCCCAAAAAGCACUGCUUCAUCAAGGCCACAGACCAUCCAUCUCCUGAGCCCACCGGGCAAUCUGGAUAUGAGUUGGGCUUGGAAGGAUUGGAAGCCUUGUCCCAGAAAAAGAGUAGAACAAAUAAAAUAAAAGGACACCAAUGGACACCUA